AUGGUUGACACACAGUCGCCCACGGUCAUCACCGUGUCGGUGAUAUUUGCUGUUUUUACAUUUGCAGCUUUGAGCCUUCGGUUCUGGGCUCGGGCAAUUCUGGUCAAGCACAUUGGAACUGAUGAUGAUGGCUAUCCCCCUCCAAACAUCUGGCGUCAGAUCUUCUCCUUCGCCUUCAUCGGAGCCUCAAUUCGGGCGGCACAGCUCGGGCUCGGCGCGCACAUGGACGAGGUCAUGGCGCGGGGGAUGGACAACCUGGUGGCGUACGCGCGGACGGUUUGGCUGUCGUCGAUUCUGUACAACGCCUGCCUGGGCUUCAUCAAGGUCUCGGUGCUGGCGCUGUACAUGCGGUUGGGCGACAAGCGGCUGCGGAUGCUCGCCAUGGUCAUGACGGUCCUGGUCAGCGCCCAGACCACAGCCAACGUCAUGGUCUGCAUCCUGCAGUGCAGCCCCGUCAGGGCCGCUUACGACGUCACCAUGCCGCAGGGGAGCAAGACCUGCAUCAACAUCAACGCCUUUUACCUCGCCAACGCCGCCUGCAACAUCUUGACCGACCUCUUGACCUAUAGCUUGCCCAUCCCUCUGGUCUUGAAGCUGCAGGUGGCGAGGCCGCAGAGGAUAGGGCUGGGUGUCAUGCUGUCGCUGGGGUUGUUAGCUUGCACUUCAAGCAUCAUCCGCAUCACCUUUGUGCCCGCCAUGCUGGUCAGCAAAGAUGCCACCUGGGACAUCGCGCAACCCAUGUACUGGUCCGUCAUCGAGACAAACGUGGGCAUCCUAGCAGCCACGAUCCCGAGCCUGAAGGUCAUAGCCAAGGUGUACUUUCCACGCCUCCUGGGCACUCAGAGCGGCCGCGGUGCAGGAAGAGGCGGAGGACGAGGAGGCACCGGCGGAGUGUCCUCGGGCGGCAGGGGUGGCAAGUCUGGGCUCUGGAGCGCGACGCCCAGCAGCGGGCAGAGCCGCGUCGGCAAGGACCGCGGCGACGGGUUCGAGACCCGGAUCGGCUGCCGGGAGGAGAACUCGACCGAGGCGCUGACGACGGGGCCCCCCGAUGGCAAGAUUGAGGUGACGACGCAGGUCAGCUUGGAGGUUUUUGACAGGCGGAUGAUGGUGGACGGGAAGGGGACGGGGAUGUGCUGA